GCCCAUUCCCAACCCCACCCCACCUCCCGCAUCACCUCUGCCGGAUCUCCCGACCACCUCCCGCCGCCACCCCUGGCUCCAGCGCGCUUCUUCCCUCUGACCCGCGCGUCGCCGACGCACUUCCUUCCACACGGCCGACGCCCCUCUCGCCGGAGCGCCACCUCCCCAUCCGCCGGCGCUCCUCCUCCCACUCCACCCCAAUCCACCCUGAUGCGUGCAACCCUCCUCCCACACUGAUGCGCGCGACCCACCGGGCGCGGCACCUGCAUCUCGCCGCCCCGCUCCCUGGCCACCGGAGCGCCAUCCCCCCCGCUCGACCGCUGCCACCCCGGUCCCCGACCGAAACCCACGACGCCCCGUCUCUCCUCCCCUGGACCGCUGUUGCACGCCGCCGAUGCGGGACACCUCCCCGGUGCGCUGCUGCCGUGCCGCGGAUGACCACGAGUGACCUUCUUCCACCUCUCCAAGCGCCGCCACUCGGGACGCCAUGCACUCAGGCUCCCCUGCCGCCGCGAACUUCUUGCUCCUGCCACCACGACCUUCUCCCCCCUGCCGCCGCGUCCUUCUUCCACGCACUCAGAACUUGGCCAUUUCUAGACGAGGAAUCAAGCUCGCCCCUGCUGCUCUGUUUGGAUCUACUCGGUUGCUGGUGUUUGCUUCGAGGCUACUCACACCCGAGCUCCCACUAGCCACGGCAAUCUCAUUCCCACAGCAGCGGAUGUCGCCGACCUCGACUAGUGGUUGCCGGAUUUGUGUUUCUUCUGUACAAAACUGAUGCAUUUCUUCUCUUGUUUCUACAGUUUUGUUAACUGAACUUUAAUGUCUCGACUGAUUGAACUGCACAGAACUUAACUGUCUAGGCUGCAAGGGUGUGACGCGGAGGUGGCUCGAGCCGGCGGGAGAUGCAACAGUUCGAUGCAGCCCCUCCACGCCGUUCAACUCAUGCAGCCAGCUGGCUCAAAGCCAAUAGUGAGCUCCUACUUCGACUCACUGCGCACGUAGCUUCUGGGCAUGUGUCGAUGUGUGGCUGAAGCUCUUUCUUUCUCUCCAUAGUCUCAUGUGCUGAUGCUACCCUCUCAGUCUCUCUUAUCUCAGUUUGGCACACCCAGAAAAUGAUUUUGUUACUCUCAGUUUGGCACACCAUUGCUGGUCGAGGAAGUUUUCUCUGGUACUUGCCAUGGCAAGAGCUUGAGACGAUGUGGUUGGGCGUGCAGGUACUGCACGCCGGACCCGGAGGAGGACUUCGGGGAGGGGUACAAGGGGAAGCAGGUGGUGGUGGAGAACCUGCGGCAGCUGUGCGUGCACCGGGUGGCCAACGAGAGCGGGCGGCCGUGGGCGUGGUGGGACUUCGCCAUGGACUACAAGCCGCGGUGCUCCAUGAAGGAGAAGAAGUACAGCAAGGCGCGCACCGAGGAGGUGGUGGCCUCGCUCGGGCUAUCGCUGGAGAAGGUGCUGGCGUGCAUGGGCGACCCCGACGCCGACGCCGACAACGCCGUGCUGUCCAAGGAGUAGGAGGACUAGAUCGGGCGCGGGUCGCACGGGACAUCACCAUCCUGCCCAUGCUCGUCAUCAACGAUGUCCAGUACAGAGGGAAGCUGGAGAGGACGGCGGUGCUCAAGGCCGUGUGCGCCGGCUUCAAGGAGGGGACCGAGCCUCAAGUCUGCCUGAGCCAUGACAUGGAGACGAACGAGUGCCUGCACCGGAACGGCGGGUGCUGGCGGGACGAGGCGAUGAACGUGACGGCGUGCAGGGACACGUACCGGGGCAGGGUGUGCGAGUGCCAUGUGGUGAAUAGCGUCUGCUAUGGCGGCGACGGGUACACCCACUACAAAGGUCGACUGCGCCGCCACACGAAGUUCACAGGCCAUAGCUGCGGACGGACGAAAUUCCAACUGUACCGCAACCCCUCAAGAUCCACAGUGGUCAAAGAUGGUGCUCCACAGUUGUUCGGUGUAAUGCCCAAGGAGCAAACAAUGUCUCUCUCACUUUUGUUUUUCGAAAGACCUACCUAUCAUCUUGCCGCUGUUGCGUUAGAGUGGCUCCAUCUGCAGAUGGGGGAGGUCUCGACCUGCAGCUGGGAGAAGUCUCGACCUGCACCUGGUCACGCGCGCCACUGCCACUUAGGUCCACCACCUACAGCCGGCGCCGCAGUGCCUCGACCGUUCAACUAUGCCACCUCAGCAGUUCAAUAUAUAUUGGAGAAGAAGAAAAAACAAUAGUAGGUUCAAAUGUUGUGUUUUGUGAUUGUUGUAGACUUGCAGCAAAUUAGAGGUGGUCCCAAAGAAAAAAUUGUUCCCUUUGAUGGAGCACCUGGCCGUUCCAUUUGUUUUUUUUUUGUUUUGCAAAUUGCUAGUUGGCCAUAUAGCUUCAGUAGUGGUAUAAUGCUUUAGGUUCCUGACUAUUGGUCUUGAUGUUUGGCCGUACUUGAGGUCUUGAGGUGGAGCUCGGUAAUGUAUACGGGAGUAGUUUGGAUUUGGUAUUUUUUUGCAGUUUGGCACCGUGUUAUAUGUAUUUUAAAAGUGCACAAAAAAUAGCACUUCAUUCAAAA